ACCUGGCUCAGCCUGCAGUUACUUAGACUCUGCCACAUUGGAUACUUGGACUGGGGACCAUUGAAUUCACUCGGUACUUUUAUUAAGUUUGGCAUAUUUCAUUCAUUCGCUUAUUUAUUUGGCAGAAUUGGUUUGCAUUUUAUACAUUCACUAUUUUAUAUUUCAAAGAAAGGAUUUCAUUCCCAUUGGUCGGUGUGUAGGUCGUUAUUCCCACUAUAACAUGAACUCGAGUGUGUUGUUGUACUGUGAUACUCCUACUGUGUGGUAUGGGUCUGAAGUAAGAACACUAUCUACAACAUAUUCGUGUUCAGCACUGCAUUCAUCAUAUCCUAUAUGCCAGGGAAAUUCAUUUCUGUGUGAUUUGUGUCCGAGCAGAACAGAGCAACAAUGAUUUAUUUUAUAGACGCCCAGAAUUAGAACGAAAUCCAGUGUUUGUGGAAUAUCUAGGUCGCUGCUAAGCUUUGUUCUAUACAUUUGGCCCAACCAUGGAAGCCGCCAAUUCUGGAUGCUAUUAUUUCGCAGACAACAUCUUGGAUCUGCCUACACCAGACAGCCUUUAUGGAGAAGAUUCUUCCUUUGCCGCGAGCUUCGACCCUUCGUCACUGGUCUGUUCGGACAAUGAGCUCGCUACAUUUCCGGGUCACAUGACCCACGGGCCUUUCUCGUCGCACCUGUUGGCUACCACUGCUACUUCGUACGGUGUUUCUUCUAUACGCCUCUCUGGCGCCAGGGACCGGCAGCUAAUGGUAAAUGGCAUGUCUACUAGACACUUUCACCCAAACAAUGUGUGUGCCAGGGACCUUCACCUCACCUCUUCCUUGCCCAUGGAGAGGGUGCCGUGCGGCGGAUACACGCCGUCUGGUUUCUCACUCGUGUCUUACGUUCAGACGGCAGGGGUGCUAACGCGUGGGCAUUAUACUGCCAAAGACCUACUUUGUUCUGCGGCCUUCAUGAGAGCCGCCGAGUCCAACGUAGCCGGCUGUUAUGACGGCGCGAUGUACGAUGAUGACGUAGGGUUUGGGCCUCAUCUUAUGGAGCAUAUAUCCAGGCCACAUUCUUGUGCACAUUCAAACACUAUGGACCAUUGCACUGGAAAUCCUUUGAUUUUACAAAGAGAUGGACGCUUAGAUUCAGCGGUCUCAGAUGGUGACGUCAUCAUCAUUGACCCACUAGAUAAGGUAGACAGUUCUUUAAAUAUGGGCGGUGGAAGAUCACAGAUUUUUCGUACGUCUGCAAAUCCUAGCAUUUUAACCUCUAGAUGCUCUCACCAGCCAGCCUUUACUUUGGCAAAGGAAAGCUCACUAUUGUGUAGAAAUAAUCUCAGGGAAACGACGUUACAGACGUCACACAAGGGAGACAGUCUCUGUUCAGAUCGACAGCUGAAACAUGUUUCGGAAGGAAGAAGGAAGCCUGCGGAAAACGUGGAGAGCUGUUUCAACUUUAACCCAUUGUACCUGGAACAAAGAAGGAAUUUGUUAAGUUCCUCGGAAUUUUCAAAGGCGGCUCUCAUCGAGGGCAGCAGGUCAGCAUUAGCUUGUUGUACUGGGCCGGUCAGUGACUUACUAAGCCUGACCCCUACCAGUCCAGCAGGUCGAGACCGUGAUGACAGUGUUGUGGAAAUAUUCCCAGACUUGAGUUUUAUGGUGACGGGAGAGGGCUCGGUGAUGGCAGCUUUAAAGACAUCAAACCAAGAAGUAAACCUGACAGGCCGGGGUCGGGUGACCAUGGAAGACUUUGAACUACUUAAAGUUUUAGGCACUGGCGCCUAUGGGAAAGUUUUCUUGGUUCGCAAACGAACUGGACGAGAUGCUGGAAAGUUAUAUGCCUUGAAACAGCUGAAAAAGGCUACCAUUGUCCAGAAGACAAAGACCACAGAGCAUACCAGAACAGAGAGACAAGUCCUAGAAGCCAUACGCCAGUCACCUUUUCUGGUCACCUUGCAUUAUGCAUUCCAGACAGACUCAAAGCUGAAUCUUAUAUUAGAUUUUGUGAAUGGUGGCGAGAUGUUUACUCACUUGUAUCAGAGGGAACAUUUUACAGAGGAUGAGGUUCGAAUUUAUAUAGGGGAGAUUACUUUAGCCUUGGAAACAUUGCAUAAGCUUGGUAUUAUCUAUCGAGACAUCAAACUUGAGAACAUACUUCUGGACUCUGAUGGUCACAUAGUUCUAACUGACUUUGGACUCAGCAAAGAAUUUCUGCCUACAGACCCAACUCAUAGGACUUAUUCAUUUUGUGGUACAAUUGAGUACAUGGCACCUGAGGUAGUGAAAGGUGGACAUCUUGGUCAUGAUUUUGCUGUAGACUGGUGGUCUCUGGGUGUAUUGACUUAUGAACUUUUGACUGGAGCAUCACCAUUCACUGUAGAUGGAGAAAAAAAUUCCCAGUCAGAGAUCUCCAAACGUAUCCAGAAAUGUAAUCCACCUUAUCCAGAAACUUUUUCCAGAGAAGUAAAAGACCUUAUCCAGAGACUGUUAACUAAAGAUCCUUCCAAACGUCUGGGAUCAAAAAGUGCCGAGGAUGUCAAAAGACAUCCAUUUUUUAAUUCUCUAAACUGGGAAGAUUUAGCCCAGAAAAAAGUGCCAGCCCCAUUUGUGCCAAACAUUCGUCAUGAAAUGGACUUGAGUAAUUUCUCUGAAGAGUUUACCAGGAUGGAUGCCACUGAGUCUCCAGCCAUUAUACCUAACAUGGGAGAGAAACUCUUCAAGGGUUACUCUUAUGUGGCGCCUUCAAUCAUAUUCACUGAGAACUCUGUUAGUGCUGACUUGCUCAACAAAACUAAAGACCAACAACCUGAGGACAUCACAAUACUAACUGCCAGCCACUUCAAGAAUUCUCCUUUUUUUCAAAAAUAUGAGCUUGAUAUAAAAGUGAAAGCCUUAGGAGAUGGCACAUUCUCCAUUUGCAGGCAGUGUCGCAGUAUAGCCACCAAUCAGGUAUAUGCAGUUAAAAUAGUCAGCCGCAGAAUCAACUGCAAUCGUGAAGUACAGCUGCUGAGUCACUGUCAAGGACACCCUAAUAUUGUCCAGUUGAUUGAUGUGAUGGUUGAUGAGUUUCAUACCUAUAUUGUGAUGGAGCUGUUGAAAGGGGGAGAACUCUUAGCCAGGCUGCGACAGAAGAAAGUUUUUACUGAAGCAGAAGCCAGUGAGCUUAUGUGGAAGCUUGUCAAGGCAGUUGAGUUCAUGCACAGUAAGGGUGUGGUCCACCGGGACCUUAAACCUGAGAAUAUUUUAUUUGUUGACAAUUCUGAGAAAGCUGAACUUAAGAUCGUAGAUUUUGGCUUUGCGACUAUGAACCCUAAGAAUGAGACCAUGAUGACCCCGUGCUUCACCCUCCCUUACAGUGCUCCAGAGGUGUUGAAACAGAUAAGCAAUAAGAAGGAUGGCUAUGAUGAAAGUUGUGAUCUGUGGAGCUUGGGAGUCAUUUUGUAUUCAAUGUUGUCUGGGAAAGCACCUUUCCAAAACUCAGGUGGUCCAGAUACUGCUCUCAACAUCAUGCAACGAAUCAAAGAUGGAGAAUUUAACAUGACUGGUCCAGAGUGGGCAGAUGUUUCCAUGCUGGCUAAACAACUGAUACAAGGUCUAUUAACAGUAGAUCCUAAAGCAAGAAUCUGCAUGCAUGAUCUAUUAAAACAUAAAUGGCUGAGGAAAAUUGUCAAAUCUCCGAUUUCCAGUAUGCCACUCAGAACGCCAGGGGUUCUAAGUUCACAUAAUAAUGCUGUCAAAGAUCAGAUCAACUGUACAAUGGAAGCCUUCCACCAGGCCACCAGAGAUGGAUUUCGCCUCCAGGAGGUGGCGUCUGCACCGCUGGCAAAGCGCCGAAAGCAAAAGAAGACAUCUGUGGACACAAGAAGCAGCUCAACAGACAGCAACAACUCAAACUCCACCACCUCCUCUUGUGGCACCCGCAAGUCCCCAAUACGCCAGUCAUUGUCUCGCAACUCCAGCACAUCUAGUAUAUCCCAGAGCUCAGUCGCCAGCAUGGGCUUCGUCCCAAACCUGGGCAACCUUCCUUCCCCACUUGCCAGCUCAUCCUCCAAAAGAUCCACGCCAGACAUGACUUCCUCUGCUCACACCAGUACCAGCUCUGCUGCCUCAUCAGCACACAGAUUAUCUCCUCCCAAUGUCAUUGUCAUGCCCCAGCCAGUUAUCCACAUUCCUUCAGUUGACAGUGUGGACUUUGAUGACGAUAUCAGUCCUGGAAACUCUUCAACUACUAAAGGUAAAAAAACAGGGAGAAAAAGCAAUAACAACACAGUUCGACUGACCAGAGGGCAGAAAAGGAAACUGGACCAGUCAUCAGAAGAAGGUCAGGAGGAUGGGGAUAAUGACUGUAUUAUUGUUGAGAAAACUUUGCCUUCUAUUAGACACUUAAAAGGAGCAUUGAAAAGGUUAAAGUCUGAGACCAUUGUGAUAGAUUAAACUGUGAUAAAGAGGAUACAAGUGGGGUUUAAACCCAAUUCUCUUAAGUGAUAAGAGGCUAGCUUUGGAAUUCAAACUCAUUUCACUACUAACUAAGAGGCUACGAAUGUGAUUUUAAUUCAUUGUAUUAAGUUAUAACAUAAAGAGUGAUUCAAACUGAUGUCACUAAGUGAUAAUACCUCAAUAGUAUCACAAUUUCCACUUACAAUAUUCAUGCUAUUAUUUUGUUAUAUUCUCUGCUUCUCUGAAGCAGCGAGGACAUUGCUGACCAUUGGUCAGUCUUUCAUGUUGCCUAUAUAACAUAUGUUGCUCUGGCCAUACUGGCCAAAAUAAGGACUUUUAGAAUGGCUGCUAGGACUGACCUAUUCUAGCUGAAACUGUGUCUUAAUCUCAUUCCUUGACCAUUGAUUGUACAGAGAGAGAGAGAGAUCAUUGUACUACUGACAAAUGAAGUUUUAGUUGGGUCAUGGCUGUUAGUGUGAUAUAUAUAUAUAUAUAUAUAAGUGGAAACAUUUCACAGACCUCUUACAUCUGACUUGAGCUCUUCAAAUAUUUUAACCAUUCUUAUACAAGCUGUUUUGUUGAUCAAACUCAUGAAUUGUGUUUUUUGUAAGCUACAAGUGUCUUAGAGUUAAAUCCACAAGGUCAAAGGUGAUAAACUCUUCAAAACUAAACUCACUGGAUGGAAUGAAUCUAAAAAAUAUAAAAUCAAGACUACUUACAUUUUCCAUGUGAGUUAAGUCCCUUGAUUUUCUUAAAGAUGUUAGGGGUACUUGAGAAGAACAUUUUUUUCAAAUGUGUUUUAUGUCAUCAUCUUCUUAGGGGUGUGACUAGUCAUGUCUCCCCAAAGCAGUUUGUGUAAGUUGAUCAAUUGAUGUCAGUUUAUUUAUUGUGUAUGUUAUUGACUGUUAAAUCUUAGGUUUUUCUGAAGCUCUUCACCAUCAAGAUUCAUUGAUAUUCACUUUGAAUGUCUUAAACUUAUAGGAAAGUCCAUGUCUGAACUGUUUAUGAUUUUUACUGUUUAAUUUAGACAGUCGAGUAAUACGGAUCAAUAUUUAGGGCUUUUCACAUCAAUCAAGUCUAUAUUUACAUUGCCCAGAGUACAAUGGCUAUUACAAUUUUGUACAUUGACCAUAUGGCUCUUUCUUUCAAUUAAGACUAAUAUUCCAUUGAGUAAAGGUAGCUUACAUGAAUGAAGUCAAUUCAUAAGGGUGGUUACCUUUUAUUAGGAUGCUUUACUUUCCAACACCUUGGAGCUUUUCAUUUGUAGAUGUUUUCUAAUUGAUUUCUAGCUUAUCUUCCAUUAGGACUACGUACACUUCUAACAAAUCAUUUUCAUUUUACAAGACAUUGACUUUUUAAACUGCCUGGUCUUGUGCUCUAGACCAUGCUCUUGGAAUCUAAAUCUGCCCAUGGUCGUCCUGAUGGAGUUUUGGACAUAAUAAUUUAAAAACUGAUAUAAUGUCCAAAACAUAAAGCAAAAAAAAAAUAUAAUUUUUUCUUCUGCCAUUUAGUGGCUUCUACUUUUCUGUUUGUGAGGCAACUUCUUUCUGCCUAAGGGAAAAAGUAAGCAUAUAUACACACACAUUGACAAGUUAUAUAAAAAUCAAUUCAGAUCUCUAAGUAUGUCCAAGUCUAGAUCUAAGUAUGUCCUAGUCUAGAUCUAAAUAUGUACAAAUGUAUAUUAAAGUUUCAAAAAAAAUAAUUUUUGUAUGUUAAUUGGCUAGACUCAACUAUUUUGAUAGUCACACCUAGACCUAGACCUUCAUGGAUUUACACCGUUAAUAAUUUUAAAAGUUGUGGAAUAGUUCACUUGUGAUGUUUGUGUCAAAAAAUGAAUUUUUUUGUUAAUUUUUUUUGAUAGACAAUCUGACAUACAAAUUGAUAGUUUUUUUGUUUUUUUUUCAUCCAAUAAUAUCGUUUUUUGUUAAGCUUUGAAAUUAUGUUUGUUGAAUGAAAUGCAUUUUUGAAAUACAGUUUUAAACUCUGUUGAUUUUUUUUACUAACUGACCAAAGUAUUACAACAUUUCUUUAAACCUGCAGUUAUUAACUGUAACUUAAAUUAAUGGCAGAAAUAUUAGAAUUUUAAAAUCUAAACUGAGUUUGGCAUGGGAGAUUCUGGUCAUUUUCUAAUCUCUUAGCUGGGUGUGUCAUGGUAAGUGGGAAAGAAAGAGAACUCUUCCAUGACUUAAUAUUGUAAACACACACAUUUCAAUCUUGUCUUUCACUUUGGUCAAACACUUGGUGGUCAGACAGUUGGUUGUUUCACUUUGGUCAAACAGUUGGUUGUUUCACUUUGGUCAAACAGUUGGUUGUUUCACUUUGGUCAAACAGUUGGUUGUUUCACUUUGGUCAAACAGUUGGUUGUUUUAGCCUUACAAUCUAUCUCAUUCCUGGACUGUGAUGUGGGCGAAUGUCACACACUUUGUGUUGGUAAGUGGUCACUCAUUGGUGUGUGUGUGAGUCACUAGUUCCUGUGUGUAUGCUUGUGAUCAGUCAUUGGUGUGUGUAUGUGGUGUCUGUGCCUCCCAUUGGACUUCAUGUAUUUACUUAUGAUGAAACCAUGGUAUUGUUGUUUCCAUACAUAAACACUUAUGUUUUAAUGUCCCUCAGUAUAAAGAGGAAACAUUUCUUUUUAGAAUAUCAAAUUAUUUGAUGCUUUUGAUUUCUGUCAUGAAAUCUUGCUGCAAUAAUUGUCCACAUAAUGACUUCACUCUUGAUUCACUAUUGUUUACAUAAUGACUUCACUCUUGAUUCACUAUCUCACUCUAAUUGUGUGAUAGGCAUCAGUCAAGGACUAUUGACUUCCCUCAAAUAUCAAUGGCAAGAUUUUGAAUUUAUUAAAUCAAAUUUAUACAACCAAAAAUAUAUUUUUAUAAGGAUUUCAGAUCUGCAUUGGUCAUUGGUAGUUGGUCUGAAUAUGGUGACACUGACAUUUGAUUGGUCACAUACUUAUUCAAUCAAAUCUUUUAUUCAUUAAACAGUUUGUCCACUAAAUUAUUCCUUUGAACCAAAUGGUCAUUAUGUUCCUGCUGGUCUCUCAGUGACAAACUCAUCAUCAAGUGUUACAGCUGAAGUGAAUUGGUUGCAUUGGAACUUGUUUAGAAAAUAAGGAUUUAGAGAUGUAUGCACUCUAUGUAUGUUCAGAGGACAUUGAAUAGUAGAUAAUGAAAGAGUGCUGGAUUGGAUUCAAGGGACAUAAUACAUGAGUGUGCAUAGUUCUUACACCUUUGACCCCUGACAUUGAGGUCAUGUCUGAAACUCUUCAUUGCUUCCUGUUUGCCUCUAUUGUUGAAAGUGUGUUACACUUUGAUUGAUAUCUUAGCAAGUAACACUUGAGCAAUGGACAUCUAUAAUAUUUGACAUUUAUGACAUUCGAAGUAAAAAUAAACUCCUUGGAUUUGAAA